GGUGGGGUUUAUUUCCAGGAAGUGUUCAGCGUGACUCUCCUGGCCUAACGUGUUUGCUAAUUUCACUUUUCGGCUGUAAUUUGCGCCGCUGCCACUUUAUUAGAUCGUUUUUUUAUCUCCCAACAGUAUGGGUGACGAUGAAGAAAAGUAUGACGGGAUGUUGCUUGUUAUGGCGCAACAACACGAAGGAGGAGUACAAGAGUUAGUAAACACAUUUUUCAGCUUCCUCCGGCGCAAAACAGAUUUCUUCACCGGUGGAGAUGCAGGUGCUGCAGAGAAGGUAGUCAAAGAUGCCUUUGCCCACCACAAUAAGCUCGCGGUGAAGGCCCACAAAGAGAAGCAGACAAAACAGGAUAAGGAAAAAAAAGAGAAAGCCGAAAGAGCUGCCAAGCUUGCAGAGGAAGAGAGGAAAAAGAAAAAUGACGACGGUCCCAGAAUUCAGGAACUGACUGAUGAGGAGGCGGAGAAGCUUCAGUCUGAGCUUGACAAGAAAAAGAAAGAAGAGGAGGAAAUGAAGAAUGUAACCACAGACUCAAAAAAUACAUCUGACAAAGCAGAAAAAGAGAAGACCGAAAAGGAGAAAGGGUCUGACUCUGAAGGAGAGGAGGACGAGAAGGACAAAGACAAACUGAAGCCUAAUUCGGGAAAUGGAGCUGACCUGCCCACCUACAAGUGGACACAGACUCUGUCUGAAAUUGAUCUGGCAGUGCCUUUUGACGUGAAGUUCCGCAUUAAGGGGAGAGAUGUCGUUGUGGACAUCCAGCGGCGCUCCAUCAAAGUCGGCCUGAAGGGACACCCUCCUGUUAUUGAAGGCCAGCUCUUCAACGAGGUGAAGGUAGAAGAGAGCUCCUGGCUCAUCGACGAUGGCAAGGUGGUUACUGUCCACUUUGAAAAGAUUAAUAAAAUGGAGUGGUGGAACAAGAUUGUUACCACAGAUCCAGAAAUUAACACCAAGAAAAUCUGUCCUGAAAACUCAAAGCUGUCAGACCUGGAUGGUGAAACACGUGGCAUGGUGGAGAAGAUGAUGUAUGACCAAAGGCAGAAAUCAAUGGGCCUGCCCACAUCUGAAGAGCAGAAGAAACAAGACAUUCUUAAAAAGUAAGUUUCCGCUCUUGCAUCUCAGCCAAAUCACAUAUCCUGUUUAUGUCACUUUCUGUUGUCAUAAAACGAUAAAGAUUUUCUUUAUUCUGUGUCGGCUGACAUCUAGUGGUUUACAGGGUGACUCUCUAAAGCAAGUGCUGAUUUCAUAGUCAGUUUAACAACUUUAUGGUGCAUAAAGAUUUUAUAAGAACAGGGAAUCUAAAAGCUGUCCGUCUAGUUUGUCUGUCCCUUAGUGUCUCCUAUUUCUGCUCAAGGCCAAGCUCAGCUGCUGUAACUACAGGUGACAACGAUGGCAUGGUCGAGCUGACAGAUAGAGUGACCUGGUUUAAGGAGACAUAUUAAAUGACAUUUCUGUAGAUUUUUACCUAUGUCUUAGCGUACAGGUUCUCCUGGAGUUGAUAAUAGGGUUUGUUGCAC